UGCUUGUGUAAUCUCUGCGCGCCGGAGAGUUAUUGCUCCAGCUGAAUUGGCGCCGCAAACGUGCAAAAGGACACACUUUUGGAAUAAGGAGAGAGGAAAGGAGGAAUCCCAUAGACAGGGCAAAGGGAGCAGAAGGGAGGAAGCCGCAGAACGAGUUUGGAGUUGGGGUGCAGGACGCAGACCAUGACGGGCUCUGUGGUGCUGCUGCUGCUGCUGUCCCUGUUGGCCCUGUUGGCCACAGGAAGUGGCACCAGGAGAAUCAGGAAAAGAGGACUCAUCCAUCAGGACGACGAGUACCCCAACCACCCCCAGUCCACGGAGCACCAGAAGAACGACAGGUGUCCACCGCCACCCCAGAUGCUGCCGGAGAGAGCCUGUGAGGUGCCGGGCUGCCGCUCGGACUCAGAGUGCGAGCGCCAUAAACGCUGCUGCUACAACGGAUGCAUCUACGCCUGCCUGGAUUCUGUCCAGCCUCCACCAGUGUUGGACUGGCUGGUGCAGCCGAAGCCUCGGUGGUUGGGGGGCAACGGCUGGCUGUUGGACGGUCCGGAGGAGGUUCUGCAGGCUGAGGCCUGCAGCACCACUAAGGAUGGGGACGAGCCUCUCCACUGCCCCACGGGCUACGAGUGCCACAUCAUCAACCCAGGAAACCCCGCCACCGGCAUCCCAAACCGAGGACAGUGCAUCAAGCAACGCGGGAACUCUGGACGUCUGAGACACAAAUACUUCAAGGACUACAAGGACUACUUAGGUACCAGUUCGAGCAACGCAGUGGGCUACGAAAAACCUCAUCAUAAGCACCUGGGAUGAAUGAAAUCAGCCUGACCUCAGCCGCACCUCCGACCAUAACACAACCUCGGACAUCAGCCCAGUCCUGUUCGAUCUGCUCUCUUCACAACUGAACCGGGAUCCUCUCUGACCUUUUCACCAGACCUCCAGCUGCUACCUCCUCUCGCAAAGCCCCCCCGAAGUUGUUGUUUUUCUGUCUCUCUGUCUGUGGUCUGUGAGAGCAUGUAGCAGAGUUGUGUGUGAAAGCUGCUCGUCAAAUAUCUUGAAAGGAAGUAAGGAACCCAUGCUAUUUUUGUACAACCCUCUCCUUCCCUGCAGCUCACUGUUAUUCUCACAAACACAUUAUCUCACCUUAAGGCUGGUCAGCAGAGAGAAAAUCAAGACCAUGUGUCCGUCAUUCUGUCUCUUGUUCUCAGAAGGGUGGUGCUCAAAUUUCCUGAUCUGAAAUCUGGAAGGUUUUACAAACAAAUGCCAUCUGCAGAGGUUGUCCAAAUGGGGUUUAAUGUUCAAACUUAUAACUCAAAACUAAAGUGAUAAAGGCCAUAUGAGUGUGUGGUUGUGUUAGUUUGACCAGAUUUGGAACAGCUGUAGAGUAGUUCGAGCUAACGGAUGCUGAACGGGAUUUCAUCUCUAUAAAAAAACAAAAGCAAAGAUGAAGAUUUAAAGAGAUACUCCACCUGUGGUCGUAUGGAAAAUCUGAGCAUUGGAACUCUGUACAUAUUAUAGCUGUCAUACAUUUCCUGAAAUACAUGUCAUGAAACAAGUCAAUUAUCUACCAGUGCAGUUCAAAGAUUUCAUAAUUUUUAACAAUACUGCCUACUUUCAAAAUGAUGGUCUCUCUAUUGGACUUUACAUUAGCCCUUUGUCAUCAAGUGCUUUUGCACAGAGCAGAUGUGACUGCUCCAAAGAUCUUCUGUUUCAUUCUCAAACGUAGCUUUGCUUUCGUCAAACUUAGGUUGUCUCAGUUGUCAAAUGGUGCUCAGUUUUAUUGCUGCCGAGAAAAUGGAGAAUAAGCUGGUCACACGAUAAGCUGAAGGUGUCAAACAAAAAGCUGUCGCCGUUCUCCAUGAGCAGAGCUGAAGUGACAUCUGAAUGUUGCCAUCGGACUGGUGCUGCAAUGUUGCCUUGUUCAUUCUAUAUAAACCACAUUGUUGAAAUAAAUCCGAGUUUUGUGCCGUC